GAAUUAUCCUCUGAGAAAUCAAAGAAAAUACAAAAACAAAUUGCAACGUUGAAGAAGAGGAAAGAACCUGGAUCCACGUCCUGAUCCAGAAGAAAUGACACGUACCAAACAUGGCUGUGUUCGAGAACACGUCUGUGCUGUUGGACCUGAAGAAUUUGUCCUACAAAGAGAAGAAGAAGCUGAAGUCGGCAGUGACGGAGAACGGAGGCAGCAUUUCCUUUGUGGUCAAUAAAAAGUGCACUCUGAUAGUGACCAGUGACGUGUCCAACCUGAGCUCCAACAGGCUGCGGAGCAUCAGCAAGCACCAGACGCCCGUGGUGGGGGUGGAUUACAUUUACACAUGUCUGCACAGAGGAGGUCUUCUGCCUGUGGAUGAAUUCAAACUGGACACCUCACCUCCUCUUCCUCUCUCCUCACUGGGGCCCGCUCCACAUCACGUACCAGUGAUCACAGCGGCUGUCGAGCGCCCCAGAGGUAAAUCCAAGCCUUUCAGUCUGACUCCGAGCGCAGAGUCUCCAGAGAGGAGCGCAAACGUCCUGGACAAGUUCAGAAUUUACACUGAAACUGAUUCUGAUCUUCCAUCGUAUCCCAACGAUUUCCAAGUGGCAAAAUAUUCAAUCUUUGAAAAGAUUAACAGCAACACUUGGUGUGUGCUGGAGCUGCAGAGUUUUAAAGGACGACAGUUCCGUGUGGUCCGCUGCUGGAGGAAUGAUGCAGAAGCGAAGAAGGAGCUGGUGUUUCUGUCCACGUCUGAGGACGCUGUAGAUGUGUACCAGGCGCUGAGAGAGACCUGGCAGGCCGCUGGUCUGCAGCCGAGACGCAGCAUCCCUCCACUGUCCGGGGGCCUGGGUUCCUUCCCCCUGCAGCAGCUGCUGCUGGAGGAGAAACUGAACACAGGGAGCAUUUCGCAGGAGGUGGGCGUCUUCGUGGAGCUGCUGUGGACCGAAGCCCUCGGUCGACUCAGCCUCCUCCUUUUCCAUCCAAUCGACAAGAUCAGCCUCAAUGAUGUGAGCAGGGCGGAGGGCUUGUUGCUUCAGGCCCAGAGGAAGCUGAAGGAGGGAAACAUUUCUGAGACGUCGCCUCUCUUGCAAGAGUUUUUGACUCUGCUGCCAAACAGGCUGCCGGCUUCACUGCUCAACGCCAAGGACAUCUCUCAGAAACUGGACUUCUGUCAGUUAAUUCGAGACGUCCUGAGCGUGAGUGAGAUGUCUCUGAGAGGCCCCGCCCCCUCCAGUCUGGGGAAGUACCGCGCCCUGAGGUGCAGCGUUGAGACCGUUCCCCCCGGCAGCUCCGAGUUUCAGGCGGUGACAUCUGUGCUGCGGGACAGCAAACUGCAGAUUCUCCAGAUUCUGCGAGUCGGCCGAGGGGUGGAGCUUGAGACAUUUAAGAACGAGCUGGGGAACGUUAACAUGCUUCUUCACUCAUCGAGCCCCUGUAACUUUGUAGGAAUCCUGUCUCGUGGUCUGCUGUUGCCCCACACCGGAGUAGAGCAUCAUGGGAUAGAGAGAACAGACCUCGGUAAUCUGGGCAGUGGAAUCUACUUCAGUGACGCCGUCAGCACCACUUUAAAAUACUCCAGGCAAAGUGUGGCCGACGGCUCUCGGCUGCUGUUGGUGUGUGAUGUGGCGCUGGGGCGUUGCAGGGACGUCCACAAGAGAGACGUCACACUGACCCAAGCCCCCGAGGGCCACCACAGUGUGCACGGAGUCCGCUGCACCCCUGAAACCCACUCUGAGUUUGAGGAUGACGAGUACGUGGUGUACAGUCCCGAUCAAGUGAAACUGAAGUACGUGGUUCAGUUCAGCAUCGAGGGAGAAUUGCUGAAGGAGUUCAGUCCUGCCGUCGACACUUCUGCUGAGCCGCGUCCGCCUCCGUCUCUCCAAG